GCAGCGCAGGGCGGUGGGGAUGGGGGUGGGAAACUCCUCCUGAGGCUUUUUCCUCCGGGAUGGAGAUACACACCCGCUGUGCCACGGCUGGCUGCGGAAUUUGGGGCUGUUUGGGCCAAAAGGGAGACUGAGCGCUCGCUGUGACCCUCCAUCCCACCGCAGGCUGGGGAGCAUCUCCCCGGGUUGUGCGGCUCCGGGGGGAAAGGCACGGUCCGGGGCCAAAUCCGCUCUCCCGUCUCCUCAGGUCUCCUCUCUUCUCCUGGCCCCGUGGGGCUCCAUCCUGGGGUGGCCAGGGACAUGGUAGUCCUGCGGGCUGGGCUCUGCCCCGGUCUCACGGAAGAGAUGAUCCAGCUUCUCCGAGCGAACGGCAUCAGGACGGUGGUGGACUUUGUGUCAUCAGACCUGGAGGAUGUUGCCCAGAAGUGUUCCCUGUCUUACAAGGCACUGGUUGCAGUGAGACGUGUGCUCCUGGCCCAGUUCUCUGCCUUCCCCACCAAUGGAGCAGACCUCUAUGAGGAGCUCAAGAGCUCCACAGCCAUCCUGCCCACUGGGAGCCCAAGCCUGGACCAGCUGCUGGACUCCGGGCUGUACACGGGGGAAAUGACGGAGCUCAUGGGAGCGCCGGGAAGUGGGAAGACACAGGUGUGCCUGGGCAUUGCAGCCAGUGUGUCUCUCGGCCUCAAGCAGCACCUCCUGUUUCUCGACUCCACGGGGGGAUUCACUGCCUCUCGUCUCUACCAGAUGCUUCGAGCCCAGGCAGAGGCCGAGGAAGAGCAGCUGGAGGCUCUGCAGCGGAUCCAGGUGGUCCGUGUGUUCAACGUUUAUGAAAUGCUGAGGGCCUUGCAGGAGCUGCGGGAUCGCCUGUCCCAGCAGGUCGUGAGCUCCACGGGACCCCUCAAGAUGGUGGUGAUCGACUCCGUCUCGGCUGUGAUUUACCCGCUGCUGGGAGGCAGGCAGUCGGAGGGUUUGGCCAUCAUGAUGCAGCUGGCCAGGGAGCUGAAGACACUGGCCAGGGAGUUCAGCCUCGCUGUUGUGGUGACUAACCAGGUGACAAGGGACAGCAGCACGGGGGCACUGAAGCCAGCCCUCGGCCGCUCCUGGAGUUUUGUGCCCAGCACCCGGGUGCUGCUGGAGAGCAAAGAAGCCACCAGGGAGAAAGCCACCACGCAGUGCAUUGCUUCCUUAGCAAAGUCCCCCCGGCAGCCCACAGGGAUACAAGUGGAGCUGGACGUUGGAUAUGGUGAUGUGCAGGAGCCAAGCCCAGCGACACCCCCAUAGGGGCUCUGAUGCGGGUGGAAAAGCAAAUGUCAAGGUCCAAGAGCGCUGCAAAAACAGCAGACAAGCACACAGAAGGUUUUUAACAGAUUGACUCUGGGUCCUGCAGCCUCGGGAAGGACCAAGGUGAAAGAAGCUCUUGUUCUUCUGCACUGGGGAGAAAAUGAGCUUGGGGUUCCCCAGAGAUCCCCGUGCCUCAGCAGUGGUGGCUGGGUUGUGUGGGGCGGUGUGACAACCAGGUCCUCUCCUCUGCUGCAGGCUUGUCUUCAACCAGCAGAGCCAGCCCUGUCCUAAGCAGUUGGCUUGGGACCAGUUGGCACAUCCCUGCACAAACCCGUGACGCCUCGUGAUGGGUUUGUUCCUCCCAUAACUAUGGUCCUGCAGCUCUGAUCAUCCUUGGGCAGCCCACAGGGGUCUUGGGUUAGAAAUAACAAAAAAAGAUGUUGCACACCUCUGUGUUUCUUGAGAGCUGGAAUUCAAUUAAUGGCGACUGCUGUUAACUUAAUUAAAAUUUUGAGGUUUAGUCCUUAGCAGGACUGGGGUGGGACAGGCUGCUGAUGAGCAGGGACAUAAUCGGAUGCUUGAUCUGACCUUGUCCUUAGAGUAACACCAGGCCUGGUAGGGAACCUCUGGUAUUUUGGAGCACUGCUGUAUAAAGAAUUGCUGUUAACUGAGGAAGGUUAUAAUGUGGAUGAGCCCUGACUGACACCAGCUGGUCUUUCUGAUGCUCAAGGAGCUACUCAAUUGCAUGUGUUCAAAUGGGUUAAAAUAAUCUCUCCUUGCUCUGGUGCUUUCCAGCUGCUCUCGCUUGCUCUGGGCAACCUCCUGGGGGCUUGUGCAGUGCUGGAGAGGAGACGGGAGGCUGGGAUGGAGCGUGGCCUCUCAAUUCCAGAUAACUUGGACACCCUCAUCCUCUGCUUAAUAAGGAACUUCCUUGGCAAGUGAGCAGAGUUAUGGGUUUGCACCUCCAAAGCUGCUGAUGUAGAUUGUGGGGGCUGGGACUCAUCAGGGCAUGCUCGUUAAAUUAAUAACACAGCAGUACAGCUCCUGGAGCCUUCUAAGGCUGUGCUGGGCAAAGAGGAGUCUGAUUUAGCCAGAACUUGGGUGCUGAUUUCUCCAGAGUAGACAUAACACUGUACGGCCCUGUAUUUCUGAGCAAUAGCUGCUGUGGGGAAGGGGCAGCUAAAAGGGGUAUGUGAACACACAUUUUGGUUUCUCAAGAGGCAGUGCCAGGUCUCGGUACAGAUUUUUCUUUUGCAUAUUUGUCAAAGCUGUGCUUCCUGUGAAACCGAGCUCCUGGUGCUCCCAGGGCUGUGAUUUAUGGGGCAGGUCCUACCUCCUCCAUCGCGGCCACCCAGCCUCUGGGGCUGUGGGAAAGGCUGUGCUCCCAGCAGAUCCUGCCCGAGGAGGGGAACGUGCCAAAGCAACGUGAGCUAUACCAUUAAACAGUUUUCAGUAAAAAUAAAUGUCUUUUAAGGUUG